AAACUAUUAUGACUUUAAAAAGAAAAAAAAACAAAACUGAAAACAGGGUGUGAAGAAGGCAUGGCUGAAUCCGUGUGAAUCGAAAAUCCGUAUGUAAAAAUAACUUGAAAGAAAUCAAGUUUUGAACACUUUAAUAAGGACAAAAACCAUAUGUGAGUCUUUGAAGAAACGAGGGAGGUGUGUCUGCAUCACUGGGGGUUCCCCCUCCUAUCUUAUCCAGAUGUUUUAAAGAAUGAGGCCUGUUACACUAACAAGAGCUUCAGUUAAUUCAGUCCAAGAACCACCAACACUUCUGGAACUUUACAGAGCCUCGUGCACUCUGCACAGCACAUGUACUUACACAGAGAGCUGUAACCAAAGUAUGUCAGUCAGUAGUUCAAGAUUGAACAGUAUCACACAGGAGAGAAUGAAGAGCCCCCGCUUUAAGUUAGUGGACGCCUCAGCAACUUAAACCAUGUGAGGUAUUUUUAGGAUCUCCAUGUCCUGUAAUUCAGUGGCAUAAAGCAUCUAUUACAACAAUAAAAAACAGUGAACUUCGUUUCUUGGGCGCUCAGCAAUGAUGUGCUCACAUUUAGUUUAUAGUGUUACGCUGACUGCUAGCCUUGCAAGAAAAACUAUUGGCAAUUGUAAUCAUCAGCUAAAGCAAGUUUUCUUUGAAGGCGACAGGGAGUGAUGGGAGGCACCACUACCUCCUAUUGUUAAUUCCAGACUGCCACCUGUUGGACAAACACAGAUCACACAAACUUCACCAGAUGUUCUUCCCACGACAAAAGGCAGAUGAACAUAAAACACUUUUGUUGGUUCAUCUAAAUUAUUUCACGAAUGUUGGGAAUAACAAAAGUCAAAAGUUAGAAUUUACUGUUAACAGAAGUCUUGCAGCUUUGUAGUACAUUUAGAAACAUUUUAAACAUACAACAUAAGGUUAUGUCUUGGAAAAGAUGAAUUAAUCGAACUGUCAGGAAUAUAGAUUGAGGGGCGUAGCAUUGUUUACUGGUCUUCCAGAUUUUGUUCUUCUGUGGUGGGUGGAGGUGAAAAAAAUCUCUUUCAAUGAAGGUAGAGAGCCAUAUUUUACUGAAUUAGUUUAAGCUUGAUGGACCUAAAAAAGUGAUUGUAAAUUUCUCCAUGAAUGUUUCCAGUGACAUAAGUCCCCCUCGUUUCAGUGGCAAAAUGUCAUAUUGCUUGCCUCAUGGAGGUCAGCAGAUUUGGGGAAAACAUUUUUGUUUACUUUUCCUCAAACCGUGGUUGAAAAUCUUGGGAAACACAUGCUUCUACGACUUGCAACCUCAGCUGCACUCUCCGUUGGAAAUAGGGACAUUGCUCUGCAUUUUAUUGCCUGUUCUUAUGCAUGUGUUUAGGCAGAGACACCGAUUCCAGAAUCUAUUCUGGAUUCUACCAUUUCCUAUUAUGCAAAAAUUAGGCUCUUUUUAUUGGCCCUUUCCUGCCUGGUUGAAGUCAACGUCUUUCAAAGUCUGUGCCCCAGUUUGUAACCAAGGUUCUCUUAUUUUAUUUAGUUUUUUUUACCUGUAUUGUACCAGGAAUAUUUUUAUUGAGAUGCUGAAUCUCUUUAACAACAAUUUUUUACAUAAAUGAAACAAGCAACUGACCUAAAGCGAUCAGCAAAUUACAUCAAGACCAUUAAUUUACCAGUGUUCAUUAAGAGGACGUGUACAUUCAUUGGUUAAAUAGUCCUUAACCUAAUCUUCCACAUUUAUCAAAUAAUCUUGUUUAAGGUGUCUUUGUAACACCAGGAUGAAGGUGCAAAAACUUAAGAAGCGCUUUCACCAAAGACUGUGGGUUCAAGGAAUGAAAAUGAUAGCCAUGAUGACAUCAUUUGACUUAAUCCAGAUUAUUAUCUCUGAUUUCAUAAAACUCCUCCAGAGCCAGAGAAGAGAUCAUACAACUGUGUCACAGGCUGAGAAGUAGUUUCCACGACAUAAACUGACUUUUAUGUGUAAAAUCACUUGAGUAACCACUUUACUGUUUUCUUAUCUGCUCUAACGAUGCCAGUGAAAGUUACAUAUGUCCUGGUAUACAGUUGGACGUAUGUAAAGAAAGCAUCUACAUGGCUAAAUGUUAAACUCUUCUAUCUCUGCUAAUGUCAUGCUGUCUCUUUAGCGUGGGUAUGUUCAUUUAAAAGCACCAAAACUAAGCAUUGUGCGAAGAAUCAUCUUAACAGGACAUCAACUUUCUUGUUAGCUAGCUGCUGACCACUCAGUAUAGUUUGUUUGUAGUUGCUGUGCUUGGUAAGAAGCUGAGAGAUCAGCUGAAAGGUGGUGAGGAGGAUUACUGUGAAUAAGGGCAUAUAAAUAACAACAGCAAGUAAAAGAUCUACAAUGAGUCCAGUCCAAUAAAAUGGAUACUAUGAAAUAAGGGUUAAAAUGAUAUGAGAAAUAUCUUUUUAAGUGUUCAGUCAUCGUUUAAAUUUUUGAGCUUUAAGUCAAAUAAGUAAUUUGACAAGAAAUUAGCACAAGAUCAACCCGGAAAUUGUCCAAAUCUUUCAGCCAUGUUUUAAAACCAUUGUCAGUGAAUGGAGGUCAGUUGCCAUGGAGACGGUUGAGCUGUUAUCGUGUGACCAACAUUUUGGCGUGUUCAAAAUGGGAAACCCUGUGAUUCUUUGUUCUUGUUCUUUUUCUUAUUAUUAUUUCAGGUCAGUAGCUAUCAAAAGUCAAUUUAUUUUCUUCCUCUCCACUUAUCUUUUUCUCUUAAAAAAAAAAAAAACACUGGUGACUACCUUUCCCAAAAUGCAAAGCGCGACGUCCUUAAACUAAUGUGUUUACGCUCCGCGGUCACGUUUACCAAUGUCUGGAGCGGCAGACUGCUGGUCACUGUGCUUGAACUCAGACAUGGUGGCAACCGUCAGUCAGUAAGACAACUCCUCGUUUCUUCUGCACCGGGGUCGGUGUUAUCAGUGUAACGAUGCCGGGGAUGUUCUCUGUGCCGGGCUGUAAGGGCUACAGGAAGGCCAGGUCCCGGGGAGUCGUCUUCCACUCUCUGCCUACAAGAGACCCGGGCCGAUGCAGAAAGUGGUUAAAGGCCAUACAGAACCCCAAAUUUGAUGAAAACACGCCAGUCAUUAAAUACGGCAACAUAAGAGUCUGUAGCCAGCAUUUUAAACCGGAAGAUUACGAGCCAGACAUACAGGCAGAACUUAUGAAAACAACGCCCAGAAAGAUCCUCAAGUCCCACGUUAUCCCGUCUGUGUUCUCUGGAAGGCAACAAGAGGACCUGGACACCUCUCUGCCCGCUGAUGACAGCAGCCGAACAGAGGCCAAGGCUUCCAGUACAGCUGCUCAGGCUUCUUCCUCAGCAGUUUCCUGUUCCAGCAUUGAUAGCGUUUUGGAAAGGCACUCUGUGUUAACCUCAUGUCCAACUACAUCGUCACAGUUUGCUCCUGGGGGUGUUCAAGUCGCUGAUGUGGAUUCUGUAUGUCCAUGUCCUUCCCUGCCCAUUGCUAAUGACACAGGAGCUCCAAGCACCUCAUCCCAGUUCCCUCCACCAGCUGAACUCAGCAAAGGUCCUCUGAAGAACAUUAAGGCCUAUUCAAAGAGAAGAGAGAAGGGAGUUCUAUCGUCAUGGUCAAGUUAUGAAAUGAAAUCUUCAAUAUCGCUGACUUCCACUGGUACUUGUAUGCAUGAGCCUCCUGCACGAUCAAGUCCUGAACAUGUAUCAGCCUCUGCAAGAGGUAAACAAGGUGAUGUUGAUCAUCAGAGUGACACUACACUAGAGGCAUCUGAGGUGAACUAUCCCCGGGACAGUGACGAGAUGGAUGUCGCCAUUGACGAGGACAGUAUGAAGAACAGACUAUCUGACUUGGAUAGUGAUGUGGAAAAAGUUGCAGAAACAUCUGAGCUGAGUGGUCUGGGAGCUGAUGACAGCUGUGAUGAAGAGGUCUACGUACCAACAAUUCCCCAGAGGCACCUCUCCACAAAGUCUGAACUCUUACUGGAAUGUGAGGAAGAGGAGCUGGAGCCAUGGCAGAAACAAACUUCACACGCUCGGUUGAAAGAAGGGGAUGAUAGUGGAGAGUUGAGUAAGGACCAAGCUGAUUGUAGCCCGGAGCCUUCACUUCUUCAGAGAAAUACAAGCUUUAUUGGGACUUCUCCCAGGCAGCAGUUAACAAGCAACGCUGAGUUAAUUGGUUCUCUCGGGACAAAGUGCCGUGCUGGGAAUUCAUUCACAGUAUUACCAGCUUCUAAGAAGCGUCGUUUCCGUAAUGUGGCCACAACGACUGUAAAACAAGAGGCCUGUGAUGAAAUCAUCGACAACCAGGAGUCCUUGUCUGGUGUCCGGAGUCCUGCAGUGUGUGGAGCAACAUCAUAUAACCAACUGCUGCCAGACCAACCGAACUCACAGACUAGUCCUGUAAACCUGUCUCUGCCUUGCUUUGCUGAACAUGAACAUAAAUUGACUGCUGCAUCGAGCAAACGAUAGUUUAGUGCACCAAGAGAACACACUGUUAUGUUAACGGUUAUGAUGGGUAAGUUCACAAGUUGUUGUACUGUUGUAUUACAUGCAGUCACUUAAAUUCCCCUUUAAAGGUAUGGGUUUUAUUGUAAUAUUAUGUCUGUAAAUUAAAUUCUUAAAGCAAAAAA